UUAUUUCUAUUAUGAAUACCUACGUCAUUACUUCAGUCUGAUAAUGAAUUCAAUGUGAUAGGAAUUGUUUGAAUCUAAAAAAGAUAGUUUUUCAUAUGUCUACGACAUAUCAGAUACAGUACAAGUGAUAAGUGUUAUCAGUGCAAAAGUGUUAUGUUAACAAUACCACACAGUUCAAUUUUUUUGGUGAUUUUAGUUAAUAGUUCAGUGAAAUUGUAUAUAUAUUUAUAGUAGUGAAUAAUAAAAAUUCUUUGCAAAAUCAACUAAUAUUUCUAAAAAGCACACAAUGUCUGCUUUCAUGUUCAAAUGGAUAAAAACAAAGCAUUUACUUAAUAUAUAUAACAUCAAAACUCAAAGGCAUACAUGUACAAGUAUUGCAGAUAAUAAAUCACCCUUGUCCGGAAUUCGUAUUUUGGAUUUGACUCGAAUUAUUGCUGGACCAUAUUGUACCAUGAUUCUUGGUGAUCUUGGUGCUGAAAUCUUGAAAAUUGAAAAACCAGGUACUGGAGAUGACGCACGAAAAUGGGGUCCACCAUUUAUAGAAGGAACUGAAGAAGCAACUUAUUUUCUUUCUGUUAAUAGAAACAAAAAAAGUAUAUGUAUUGAUCUCAAGGAAGGUAGAGAUGUAAUUUAUGAAUUGGCAAAAAAGUCUGAUAUAUUAGUGGAAAAUUAUGUCCCAGGGAAAUUAAAAAAUAUGGGCUUAGGGUACGAAGAUAUCUCUAAAGUAGCUCCUCAUCUUAUAUACUGCUCUUUGACUGGUUAUGGAUAUGAAGGACCUUACACAAAUAGACCAGGAUACGAUGUGAUUGCUGCUUCUAUAGGAGGCUUGUUACAUAUAACAGGUCCAAAAGAUGGGUCACCAUGUAAAGUUGGAGUAGCAGUAACUGAUUUAGCAACAGGUUUAUAUGCCCAUGGUGCGAUCCUAGCAGCAUUAUAUCAGAGGAUGAAAACCAAUAAAGGACAGUGGAUUCAAUGUAAUUUACUAUCAACACAAGUUGCUAGUUUAAUCAACAUUGGAUCAAACUAUUUAAAUACUGGUAAAGAAGGAGUACGUUGGGGUUCAGAACAUGAAAGUAUUGUACCUUAUGAAGCUUUUCAUACAAAGGAUGGUUAUAUGACUGUAGGAACAGGCAGUAAUGCACAGUUCUUAGAUUUACUUAAAAGAAUGCAAUUAUUAAAAUUGUCUGAAAUAGAUAAGUAUAAAGAUAACAAAGCUAGAGUGAAAAAUAGAAAUGAAUUAUUACCUAUUCUUAGAGAAAAGUUUAGAACAAAAACUAAUAAAGAAUGGGAAAUUGUUUUUAAAGGUGCUUUAUUCCCUUAUGGUCCAAUAAAUACAAUAAGACAGGUUUUUGAAGAUCCUCAUAUAAAACACAUAAAAUUGGUGCAAGAAAUGGAACAUCCUACAGGGAAGAAAAUUAAAGUUGUUGGUCCUGCUGUAACAUAUAGUUAUGCCACUAAUAAAGUCCGAACUGCUCCUCCUAUGAUAGGCCAACAUACUACUGAAAUAUUAAAAAAUAUUUUAAACUAUACUGAUGAUAAAAUACAGAUCUUAAAAAAAGCCAAAAUUGUGCAAUGAAGAAAUGUUUUUUAUUUAAAAAAGAUACAAAAUAUUUUUUAGAAUGUAUUAAUAUAUAUAAUAGCUUAAUAAUUUAACUCUGAAAAAAAAACUUUUAUAAAA